CUGAUGAUGUCGUUCUUCCCUCUCUGUCCAGCUGACGUCUCUCUGGGAUUUAAUCCUCUCUCCUCUCUGGAUGUGACCGUGAUGGAUCCUCCUCACAGCAGCCUGAACAGUCCGAGUCUGGAGCUGAACCGUCUGCGGCUGAGUGACGGGCAAGCCACGGAGUCGGCAGACGGCGGUGGCGGCGGCGUGGACGACCUGCCGGUUCCUCAGCAGAUCCGGAUCAGUAACAUCACCUGUGAUUCGUUCAAGAUCAGCUGGGAGAUGGAGAGCAGACGCAGAGAGAGGAUCAGUCACUACUUCAUCGACCUCAACAAGAAGGAGAACCAGAAGGAGAACAAGUUCAAACAUAAGGAUGUACCGACGAAGCUGGUGGCGAAGGCGGUUCCCCUGCCGAUGACGGUGCGAGGUCAUUGGUUCCUGAGUCCUCGUACAGAGUACACCGUGUCCGUCCAGACCGCCGCCAAACAGCCGGACGGAAACUACGCCGUCUCUCGGUGGAGCGAGAUCAUCGAGUUCUGCACCGCAGAUUACUCCUCCGUCCAUCUGAACCAGCUGCUGCAGAAAGCCGAGGCGAUCGCCGGCAGGAUGCUGCCGUUCAGCGUCUUCUACAGGAACCAGCAGGAGGAGUACGUCCGGCAGGCCAGCCCUUCGUAUCGCUCCAGAGAUGCUCAGUGCCGCCGCAUGCUGCCGUCGGUUAAAGACAACAGCGGCAGCCACGGGUCACCCAUCAGCGGCAAACUGGAGGGCGUCUUCUUCAGCUGCAACACCGAGUUCAACACAGGAAAACCCCCCCAGGACUCACCGUAUGGACCCCACCGCUUCCAGAUCCGAGCCGCCGUCCUCUUCAACCAGAACACCAACGUGUACUUCGGGGAUUUCUACUGCAUGUACACGUCCUACCACUACGUCAUCCUGGUCCUUGCUCCGGACGGCUCCGACGGAGACGCCUUCUGUAAAGGGAGGCUGCCAGCGCUAGACCGGUCCGACAACCGCCUUCUGAGCUGCACGGAAGAGGACGACGGCUCGCUGUCUUUCCGCCACGCCCAGGACGUCAUCCUGGAGGUGAUCUACACGGAGCCGGUGGACCUGUCUUCAGGGACGAUGGCGCAUAUCAGCGGCCACCAGCUCAUGAGUCAGUCCACCGCCAACGCCAAGAAAGACCCCAGCUGCAAGAUCUGCAACAUCAGCGUGGGACGUUAGCCGGACCGUCUGACGGGACGACCGGCUAGCUGCUAAUAACUAAAGACAUAAAGACAUAGCUGGCUAGAUGGUAGCUAAGUGCCGGUGAUGCCGGGCCGGCUGGCAGGAAAUUAAUUGAACUAAAUUCUAAAUUUUGAAUAUGUAUCAACAUUUUAUUACGAAUGAUUCUAGUAUUAUAAAUCAUCCGUUGGUCAUCCAGAGUUCAUAGUUAGCUCCGCUAAGGAGGUCAUCGUUGUCUUUGUAUCGGCUGGUUUCAGUUUGUCGGCAGGAUUACGGAAAGAACGACCUGCCCAAUUUUCAUGAAACUGGGUGGAACAGUGUAACAUGGGCCAAAGAUGAACCCAAUCUGGAGUGGAUCUGGAUCGUGGAGAGAGAACCGGAUCCGGCGUUGGAGGCUCCCGUUCCCGCUUCCAUUGGUAGCGUUUCCUUUAACUCCGCCUCCCAGCCCUCGCUCCAGCCUCGGUCUGCGUCUCAUUCACAUGAACGGAGGAAGGAAAUAACUCUGGAUUCAGCUAUAAGUUCAUUUUAUAACUUUUAGGACCUGAUGAUUUAAAUGUGACGGACGCGGAAGUUGCAGUACCGCCGUUUGGCGACUACGAAAGCCAGCAUCAACAGCCGGCGCUCUUCCUCGGGGGCUUGAUCUGAAUCACAAGGCGGACACAUUCAUUAUGUUUCACUCAUGGAAGCGGCCUCGGCGAAGGUCUGCGCUCUCCGAGUGCCCCUCUAGUUCCAGAUGUAACUGUGAAGGAGAAUACAGAGCUGAUGUGGAACCAGAACUUUACGGUUCUGUUAAAGAAGAAGAAGAAGAAGAAGAAACCCCCAAAAUGACUACAAGUCCAGCUUGUCGAGGAGGAGGAUGACUUUCAUCCAGGAGAACGCUGCUCGUGUUCACAACAUUCAGUUUAAUUUUCACUGUACUAACGUCGUAGUUUUCAGCCCAAACAUGUUGUUCUUUCCUAAACCGAACCAGAGUGAAUCCAAGCAGAUGUUUUUGUUUAACUCACGUCAUUAAUCACGUGUUUAGUGCGAGCGUAAAGUGGCGCCAAGGUGUCUGAUAAAGCGUCAGUAUGUGACGGGUUGGGAUGAGAACGUGCUGAAAACUACCUGAUACCUUUAAUAUUGUUCCUUCUGAGUAUUUCUAUCAGACACUAAACACAGCGGCAGCUCGUUGCUGAUGUAUUGUCAGAUCAAUUAAAACCAUGUUGCUGCUAAA